UCAAUUUUUCUCCCGCAUUUGGUGGGUAUUCACUCUUCACUAGGACAUCCUUUGAGGAUACUUAUUGUGGAUUUCGGGGUGGGGUGCAGAGAAGGACGCUGCAAAGGCAAGGACUGCAAGGAGAAAUCUGUGCAGCUGCGCCCCAGGGGUGUCCUGGGCACGGAGAAGGGGACCACUUGCAGUUUUACUGGCUAACACUGAUUUCCCACCGUUCAAGAAUUUUCUCGAGAAAUACAGCUCCCAGCUAAAGUGAGGCCCAAGAACUGCCUUGGCCCAGGAUGGCCAGAGAAUCGAAGGAAAGCGCAGCCUUGGACCCCCAAUCUGCAGAGGACUUAACAGGGAUCUUAACGGUGAAAGUGGAGAAGGAGGAAGCCUCCGCCUUGGCCGCAGAGGUGGGCGCACCCGGCAGCCCCGCUCCGGGCCCCGAGCGCUUGCGCCAGCGCUUCCGGGGCUUCCGCUACCCCGAGGCUGAGGGGCCCCGCGAGGCGCUGAGCCGGCUCCGGGAGCUCUGCCGACUGUGGCUGCGGCCCGAGAUGCACAGCAAGGAGCAGAUCCUGGAGCUGCUGGUGCUGGAGCAGUUCCUGACCAUCCUGCCGGGGGACCUCCAGACCUGGGUGCGGGAGCAGCAUCCCGAGAGCGGGGAGGAGGUGGUAGUGCUGUUGGAGUAUUUGGAGAGGCAGCUGGAUGAGCCGAUGUCGCAGGUCCCAGGUGGUGACCAGGGGCAAGAACUGCUCUGUUGCAAGAUGGCAGUGUUGACACCAACUCAGAAGUCACGAAGUACCCAGUUCCAGCCGAUGAAGGCUCUGCACAAGCAUGAGUCUCUGGGAUCCCAGUCCUUACCAGACAGGGUUCUCCAGGUUCCUGGGCUUGCCGCGGGAGGGCGCUGCAGAGAAGAUGCAGCCGGAGCUGCCAGGCUCUCCCCAGAGUCCCAGGGGCUGCUGAAAAUGGAAGAUGUGGCCCUGACCCUCACUCCUGGGUGGACCCAGUUGGAUUCACCUCAGGUGAACUUCUUCAGAGAUGAAAGGCAGAACUGUGGCGGCCUGAUCUCCCUGGGUGGUGAAAUACAGACUAAGAUCAGGGACUUGCCUCCAGAUGAGGAACAUCCAGAAGAGGAACCUGGGAAAAUACCAUCCCACCUGGGUGAAGCUGUUGGCCAGACUCCUACACGUGUAGAACCUGGUGAACAGGAGGGCAGGUUACAAAGAAAACAGAAAAAUGCCACUGGGAGUAGGCGGCACUAUUGUCAUGAAUGUGGAAAGAGUUUUGCUCAGAGUUCAGGCCUGACUAAACACAGGAGAAUCCACACUGGGGAGAAACCCUACGAAUGUGAAGACUGUGGCAAGACCUUCAUCGGGAGCUCUGCCCUUGUCAUUCAUCAGAGGGUCCACACUGGUGAGAAGCCAUAUGAGUGUGAAGACUGUGGCAAGGUCUUUAGUCACAGUUCAAACCUUAUCAAACACCAGAGAACUCACACUGGGGAGAAGCCCUACGAGUGUGAUGACUGUGGGAAGACUUUCAGCCAGAGCUGCAGCCUGCUUGAACACCACAGAAUCCACACCGGGGAGAAGCCGUACCAGUGCAACAUGUGCGGCAAGGCCUUUAGGCGGAAUUCACAUCUCCUGAGACACCAGAGGAUCCAUGGGGAUAACAACGUUCAGGAUCCUGACCAUGGAGAGAGCUGGGAGAGUCAGGCUAGGAUGGAAAGCCAGGAGGGACAUAUUGAGGCUCCCGUGUCUUAUAAAUGUAAUGAGUGUGAGAGAAGUUUCACUAGAAAUAGAAGCCUUAUUGAACAUCAAAAAAUCCACACUGGUGAGAAACCCUUUCAGUGUGAUGCAUGUGGAAAAGGCUUCACCCGAACUUCGUACCUUGUUCAACAUCAGAGAAGUCAUGUUGGGAAAAAAAUUCUGUCACAGUGACUCAUUGUCUUAACAUGCCAAAGUUGGUGCUCAUUCCUACCGAACUGAAGCCACCCUGGAGCCCUUCUGACUGCAGAAAUUGUGGGCUGGGGCUUAAUUUACCACUACAUGUCAUCGGGUGUUUGUUUGAAAAAGAUAGAGUCUGGCUGAGAUGAACUAUCUUCUACGUUCUAUAAGGUGACUGGAAAAAAGCCUUGUUUGAUAGGACGCUAUGGGAGAGUUGUCUGGAAGAGGUAGGACCUGAAAUAGUUUCUUCCUACCUACUGGACUUCAAAGGCGUCCAGACUGGCUCCUCACCCUCAGCCAGCACUUCAUGAUGUCUCCUGGGUGGAAGGCUCUGAUUUGGAGACGGCUGCUCUGACUAUUCAUUUUGCCUAUAUUGAGUCCCUCACCAGUUGGUUGGAUCGAUGAUGUGUUAUACCCCCCAUUGUGCCUUGCAUAUAGGUGCUAUAAACAUUUAUUAAACAGACCAGUGAAAUGACCUUCAUAGCUCUGAAAAUCUAACGUUGUCUAGAUUUCUGAGGACUUUCUAACUAAGGCCAUUGUGUUUGUGUCUAAUUCUCUGAGUUCUACAUUCUUGGUGAAUCUAAUGUAUUUAUUGCCAAGUACAUAAGAUAGUCAGAGUUGGGUGGAGGAGUCCAUAUUUCUUCACCAGCAUAGUACUUAUGGUAAGAAUGCCUUAAACAGCUGCUUUAUCAUUAAGACAUCGAGACUGCUCCAUCCUUACCACUCCAUUCUUUACUCAACAUUAAUCACGUUAGUUCACAUUAAUUUUGCUAUCGUUUAAGGGGAAACCUUUCACAUUCAGGUAAAUAAAAAUCAAUUUAUCAAGUCAGCUCAAAAUGAUUAUGAAUUGUGAUAUAAAUUCUAUGAUGCUCAACAGCUUGUUUCUUAGUUAUCUUGGGCCUAACCAAAUGCCAAGACACCAUCUUUAUCUUUCUUUCCCAACUUAGAGUCAACUGUGUGUCAAGGCUUAUGCCAACUAAGCUUGAACUUCCUCUAGAUCAGAGGAUUAACACCAAAUAUUUAUAACAAGUAUCAUUCAUGUUUUCAAAACUGCCCUAUGGGUUGGGAAUAGGAAGAUGGGGUCAGAGGCAACCAAUGAGGAUAGGAACCUGAGUAUGGGCGCUAGGAAAAAAAUGUUUCUUUUCAGAAAUACAUUGGGAAUCCUGAGUAUCUGACCAAGAUGAUUCCACAAUAUCCUAAGUAUCAACAUAAGAAGACAAGGCUCUAUGUUGUGAGUUAAUCACAAUAAGAAUUUUGUGAUAGCUCGUGUUUUCACCCAAAUCACCUUCUACUGAGUUCUUCAGAGGCUAUCCUUCCUAGAUGCCUAAGUGUAUCUCGCCAGCUUCCAGCUUUACCAGCCUGUGCCGAGAAUGGAUUCUGCUUCUGAUGGAAUCCAUAACCAUGUUUUGUUCAGUCACCAGCAUAGUGUUCUCUUCUGUUCCCAAAUACCUUUCUGGAUUCCUGCUCUGAAGUACCACAGCCGACUAGGGACUUUGCAAACCAUAGAGCUCUCCCUUUAUCACUUCCCUACAACCUUCCAUUGCAUUCACGAUCCCCUCCUUGCAGUCUAAUUUAAAACUUCUGUAGCUUUCCAAAAUCCUGUAGACUUUCUCCAGUUAAUCUUUUCUAGCUUUUUAAAAUUUCCUUUUAAAUUAACCUUAUUUUUGUUACUUUCACAAAGCUAGCCAUUUCCUUUUCUCUUCUUAUCUUUAUUUUUCCUAAAUAUUUGCUAGUAGCCUUGAUCUUAGAGGCUGUUCAUUUUUCUUUGGUAUUUAAUUGUUUCUUAUGUCAUGUGAAGAGAUACACGUGAAAGCCUUUUACAAACCAGAAGCAUUAUACACGUAUAACUUACUGAGAUUGACAAAGGACCACUGUGCCUCCUUUCACUCUACUCCUUCUGAGCCUGAAAGACUUCUCUGUAGAGGAGGGAAAUAUUGUAGAAAAAUACUUCGGAGUGCCUGAUAAUGAAAGGGAUAACGCAUACACGCACACGCACGUACAUACUUGGGCUUAGGCUAUAACCGAAUUGGUAACACUUGCCCGUAAAUGAGGCAGAGCCAUGGUAAAUGCCUCAUGAGUGGUCAGCUGAAGGCUGUGGAUGUUCUGAGGAGGGAAAAGUUACUUCCGGCUGUGUGCUGCUGUUAUUACACGGACAAAGUGACCUGUUUGAGAGCUGAAAAGACUAACAGAGUUUGUCAAAUUUAGUAAAUAAGGCAAGUUUGAAGAGGCGGAUACCUUAUAGGGGCCUUCAGUGCCAGAGCAAGGAGUUUAAAUUUUAUUCACUAAGUACCAGAGAGCCCCUGACAUUUUUAUGGUCAAAAUAUUAUCUGCAAAACUAACUGGAAGUAUGGUGUAAUUUCAAAUUUAAAAAUUAUUUUGCAGAUAGUCUAUUUAUAGUAAGACACUUCACUUUUGUAUAAAACAAAGGUGUGUUUAUAAAUAAGUGAAUUAUAAAAUGAGUUUAAUUCUAGCCUAUUUAAAAGGAUAGUAAAAACAUAUUAUUUUCAGAUAAAAUCGGGUCCAGUAAAAUAAGCUGCUUAAAGAUAUAAGCAGUAUAUGAAGUGGAAUAAAAUGCUGUUUUUCAAAAUUGUUUUUAGGAGUUUUAGUGUUGAUUAGUCAGCCAUUCUACUUCAAUUCUCCAACCAAAAGCAAUGCAGAAAUUCUCCAUUUUCUUUUUUCUUCCUUUGUGUGAAUAAGUAGCUGGUUAUAGCAUUUUUUUUCUACUUGGGUAGAAUGAAUAGUUACAAUGAAAAGAGUUUUGAUGAAUAGUUCUCCUAGAUGUGUUCUUAAUUUUGGUAAACAGUAUAACCCUGGAAAAGAUUCUGUUUCUCUGCCUUUUCCUUUAGUGGGAAAAAAAAAAAAUAGUA